AUGGCCGACUGGCUCCACUCUGGCUACAAUCUGCACCUUGACUUGUUCAACUUUGAGAGCAUAGAGGCUGAUGAUAGCCCCUACAUUCUGACCAGUCCUAGAUCAUUGGAGGCAUGCACGCUACUCGAAAUACAGCCUAUUGAGUUACUGCACAAAGACCUGAUGCAGUUUGAGGAAGAGUGUCUCUUGACGGGACAGCCGCUGAGGGAAGCCAAGAGAUUGUAUGAAGAGCAUGAGGAGCAGAGACUCAGUUUGGAGUUUGGACAAGGUGAUUACAGAAAUGCAAGCACUCACAGGCACCAACGACCCGUGUCAGCUCAAGUCAUUCCCCAACGAUCCCCUGGACCAAGCAGGCAAGCCACCACCCCUGGCCCAUCAAGCAAGCCCCGGAGACCCACUAGGUCGGCUGUCGCACACCGCACGCCCACAUCGCCUCUUUUCACAACUCCUGACUUGAAGUCAAAGGUCAGAAGGCAGCAGGAGAGGUCAUUGUCGUCGCACUUAUCGCUGCAGUCCAACAGGAGUCGACCAUCAUCAGCUGGUAGCACACUGCCCGAACAGGAUCAGAAGAUCUUGGACCUGCUGGAGAAGAAAUACAGAAAGGAGAAACUUAUGGAAGAGACCAGGCAGGAACUGAGGCUGGCCUGGGACGAACAGAGACAGUCGGAGGAGAGGUCAAAAGUCGAGAACGAGAUGCAGCGCAGGAAGAACCUGGCAGACGCAAAUAGGGCCAGGCAGAAAAAGAAGGAGAGAGAAGAGCGGCGAAGGCAACUGAAGAAAGAGCAAGAGAUGAGGGAUGCGGCGAUGGGUGUACAGCACCGAGACAUGUACCAUGCAAGACUGGUGAAGGAACAGCAGGCACUGACGCAACAUCAGAUUCAGCUGAGUAAACUUGAGGAUGCGGAGAAGAGGAAAAAACAGUGCCACACCCAUAACCACACCAAUCACCACACCCACCUCCACCUAGCUCUGCCCAAGGCCACACCCACCUCCACCUAG